CUUGUAGACACAGUGUGUUGUAGGCACAAAGUGGUUAAACAGCUGCUCAACUGUGCUGUAACUGUUUGUGGUAGGUGUUCUGUGAUUGACAGGGCAAACAGCAAAACAGUCCAGUGUGUUCCUUCCUUCAGCAGGGAGUUGUCCUGUCUUUGCUCAGGCAGAGGUGAUGUGAGUGGCAGGAGGAUGUGCUGUGCUGUCUGCUGGCACAGGGCCUCAAUUCCCUGUGCCUUGUAGCAGGAAGGGUGGCUGCAGGCUUUGGUGGUUGCUGCGUAGUGUAACUUGUCUGUGCUGCACAACUUUUGAGUUAUGUUCUUUUAAGGAAGCCAUUCUAAUGCUGAUGCAGGGGGUAGAGUGUUGCUUUUUACUCAUUCUUGCUAGUUUUACUUAAUCAAUGUUUUUCUCCUCCACUGUUUGAACUAUUUUGUCUGUGUUCAGAAGUAUGGAUUAUUCUCCUCAAAACCUAGUAAUUUCAAGAUCUGCUUGAGGAAUAGCAUCACUUUCUGUGAGGUUGGGAGGACCUGACCCUCUGGACUAUGUUAGCAUGUACAGAAACCUGGGAAACCCAGCACUGAAUGUUCCUGAGCAUUGGCACUACGUCAGCUUUGGGUUAAGCGACUUGUAUGGAGACAACAGAGUACAUGAGUUUACAGGAACAGAUGGACCGAGUGGUUUUGGCUUUGAGCUGACCUUCCGGCUGAAGAGAGAGACGGGGGAGUCGGCACCGCCCACCUGGCCAGCAGAGCUGAUGCAAGGCUUGGCCAGAUAUGUCUUCCAGUCAGAAAACACCUUUUGCAGUGGUGAUCAUGUGUCGUGGCACAGCCCUUUGGACAACAGUGAAUCUCGAAUCCAGCACAUGUUACUGACAGAAGACCCCCAGAUGCAGCCAGUGCAGACUCCUUUUGGGGUCGUUACUUUCCUACAGAUUGUUGGGGUUUGCACUGAGGAACUGCAUGCAGCUCAGCAGUGGAAUGGUCAAGGGAUCUUGGAACUGCUUCGGACUGUCCCAGUAGCUGGAGGCCCCUGGUUGAUAACAGACAUGCGAAGAGGAGAAACCAUAUUUGAGAUUGACCCACAUCUGCAACAGGAGAGAGUCGACAAAGGGAUUGAGACAGAUGGCUCAAACCUGAGUGGAGUGAGUGCCAAAUGUGCCUGGGAUGACCUGAGCCGACCACCAGAGGAUGAUGAAGACAGCAGAAGCAUUUGCAUUGGAACCCAGCCUCGGCGGCUCUCUGGGAAAGAUACAGAGCAAAUCAGGGAGACUUUGCGGAGAGGGCUCGAGAUUAACAGCAAACCUGUCCUACCUCCAAUCAAUACACAAAGACAGAAUGGGUUGAACCUCGACCGAGCACCAAGCCGUAAGGACAGUUUGGAAAGCGAGAGCUCAGCAGCCAUCAUUCCUCAUGAGCUGAUCCGCACGAGGCAGCUGGAGAGCGUGCACCUGAAAUUUAACCAGGAGUCCGGAGCACUCAUCCCCCUCUGUCUAAGGGGAAGGCUCUUACAUGGACGGCACUUUACAUAUAAAAGUAUUACAGGAGAUACAGCAAUCACAUUUGUAUCAACAGGAGUAGAAGGAGCCUUUGCUACAGAGGAGCACCCCUAUGCAGCCCAUGGACCUUGGUUACAAAUCCUAUUGACUGAAGAGUUUGUAGAGAGAAUGCUGGAAGAUUUAGAAGAUCUGAAUUCUCCAGAGGAAUUUAAACUUCCAAAGGAGUACAGCUGGCCUGAAAAGAAACUGAAAGUUUCCAUCUUGCCAGAUGCCGUGUUCGACAGCCCACUGCAUUAGAGCUGAAUUACACUAUUCUAACAACUGGGAGAGCCAAGUUACUGUCCAUUACCCAGUGACUCACAGGAUAAUUAAUGCAGUAAAAACUCUGCUUGAAAAUAAAAAGAGUUUGCUGCACAACCACUGCAAACAGAAGAGGAGCUACUCAGCACCAGCCCAGACCGAACUGAGCCCUUUCCUUUAUCCUUCCCAAGGCUGAACUCUCUGGGAACAGCCUGCGUAUGUGUGAGUGCGAGUGAGAAAUAUUUAACUAUGAAAAUUAGUAGUAAGAAUCCUUUCUCUCUCCUAGCUGCAGAACUCCCCUCUGCCUUAGCCCAGGGUGUAGACGCUCUGCACGCCUGUAUUUACACAUACAUUUCUGCCAGGUGCGAGCCUAUAAUCCAUGGAUUAAAUGUUCUUUACGUGACUCUGGAGUCCUUUUGUUAGCCAAACUUUUACUGACUGCAGAACUGUUCUUCCAUGUGCUAUUUUUUUUUUCUUUUUAGAAAUGGAAUGGUAUUUCCCCUGUUUAAAGGAGGCCAAAAGCUCACAUGCUUGAAGCUGAACAGAUUUAAAGAUGAACUUUCUAGUUCAGUCAAGAAAAACAAAUCCAGAUCCUCCCUGCCCUCAAAUUAGGCAUGUUUUAAGUGUUGGUCUUGGUGCUAUUAGCUAUGGUAUCACUGCAAACAGAGGCAACUUUAUUCUCGUGCAUCCUGUCCUUGUGCCUGAACCCCAGGGAAGGUCACAACCUCUGGUUUUGCACAAGCAGGAGGAAGAAAGCUACAGGGGUGGGGGAGAUCUCCUGUUUACAGUGUGUUUAUCUUUAAAGAGAUACUGUCAAGUAUUUUUUCCUUGCUAUUGUACAGAAUUUGAGAAGCUAGAAAGGAUCAUUUGUUCACAGGGACAACUUCAGCAGCUCUGCAGGAUCAGGGGGCUGCUUGAAAGCAUAUGAAGUGGAGAUCUCUGCUGCCCUGGCACAGCAGAGAGGAGACUCAGCCUCAAUGAAGCCAACUGUUCUCCUGUUCCAGCAGGGUUGUGCCCUAGUGCAGCUCCAUUUUCCCCUCUAGCUUCGCUGUGGUGGCUCUUGUUGCUGACCUUCCUCCUUUCAGAUGGGUUUGAACUGUAAAGCAUCAAAACCAGUUUGAAAAGAUGCUCUCUCUAGACCCCUGUGGCUUCCUCCUUGGGGCAAAACGCGUGCAGAGGAGCCGGUCUCUGCAGUGCCAGGUUGUGUGUCUGCAUCAGCUGCUGGCCCUAUGGAUAUGCUGCAGCAAACCACCGCAGGCUUUACCCCCUGCUGCUGCUGCAGGUUGUUUCUGAUGCAUAUUCCCCAGCCUUCCUCUGCCUAUUGUCUUUUGGUGACAACUCUUCACUCCUUGUCAGGGGAGGUGAAGCUUUCCUUCCACCCCAUUCUGCCUACAAGAUAACUGGUGGUUUAUGCACAGUUGCUGUGUGAUCCUAAUACAAGUAUAACAAAAGCUUUUAACACUUAACUCCCCUGAUCAAACAGCUAAGUCCAGGAGGCCUCACAGUACCCUGGGGUUGGUUUUCUGUUUGUUUUCUGAUUUAAUUUCUUCCCAGCACAGUCAGCUUUGAUGUUUUC